AUAAAAACAAAAAGGUUUCAAUAGAUUUUGAUUGUCAGCGGAAAAGCGCAUCUGCUCGUAGUACGUAAGCACGCCAAGUCGCGUGUUCAAUGUCCGUCCAUUGGGUCGCAUAGUAAACAUCAGGUGUAGAAAUCUCGUAGAUGCACCUGCAGCACGCUUACUCUUUACCACAGAUCACCUUACUAAAGGUUACAAUUGUAUUAGCUUUUUGCUUUUAUAUUGUUUAGAUUUCUCAACUGAUCGCUUAGAAUACAACCAAAGUUAUAAUAACGUAAUUUAGAAUCUAUAAUACUGAUAAUACUAUUCAUUCUUUCAAUCCAUGUCCGUUUCACGUGAUCACCGGAUGUUCUGAAUUUAUGAUCUAUUUUAUCCCCACUUUUAUAUUUGCCGAUUAAUAAUUUUGUUAUUAACACCAGCAUCAAUCUACGUUUUUUUUUUCUUUUAUAAAUGAACAAUGUGAACAGUCAUGGCUCUGAUUUCCCACGCAUGAGAAUGUCAGCCAGGAAGGUAUAAAACCACUAACAAACCUCAAACUCAUGACACUUUCAUUCAAUAUUUAAUAAAGUGUAAAUUUAUCUAAUUAUGAAAAUAAUAAUAUUUUUACUUAUCAUUGGCAAACUUUGUCAAAAAGUUUUAAUUCAAGCUCUAAGUCAUGACAGUUUCACUAAAGUAUUGUGGGGAAGUUAUACAAAUGUCAGAAUAUCGCAGCUCUUAAAUCAACUGUGUAAUGAAUCACAAAAUGAAGAGAUUUUAUCCCGAGAUGCAUGUUACGGGUGUUUUUUUCGAGCAAGCAAUAAACCAUCAGGAUAUCCAAUGUUACUUUCAAUGUCUGCAUGUGCAGAACUUUAUCUUGACAAUUCAAGCUAUGGGCACUGUCAAACAUACUUGAAAAAUGCAGUAGCCAAUGCGGAAUUAAAUGCCAGUCCCGCAGUAAUUUACUGUACAUUUUUGGAAUGCAUCAGACAAGUUAAUAAGGACUGUUUGAUUAAAAGUUGCAUUGCAGAAGUGAUUGAGUCGUUCGAUAAUUUUACGGCGAGUGAUACGAAACUUGCCCAGCUCUACGUCAAUACAACAGCUUGUAUAUUAGCUAAAACACGUUGCGGAUCACUAAAUCCAAUUACAGGAGCUUUAAAGGAAGGCAAUACGUCAACGAAAUUUUCAAUAAUACCGACAAUGAAUGCCAUUCUCGUAAAUACAAAUUACGACAUAAAUAUUAUUCAAAUGCCAUUUGGUCACGGCGUCAUUGAUGAAUGCGCCAAGUACAGAAAUAUUCAACAAGCGACAUGGCCAAGUGUUCAAUGUUAAUUUUUAUUUUAUUCUUAUUCUUUAUUUUAAUUAGACUUGUUUUUCUUACUCAACAUUAAUGUAGUAAAAUAAAUAUAUUUUUAUAUU